UCCCCCCGUCGCCUGUCUCUGACCCUGUGUGUCUCCAGGGUGCGCGGCGCCGGCACCGCGGCCGUCAACCUGAGCCUGGUUGCGUCCGGCUGCGUGGAGGCCUACUAUGAGAUGGGGAUGCACGUCUGGGACAUUGCCGCCGGAUCCCUGCUGGUUCUGGAGGCCGGAGGAGUUGUGAUGGAUGUGGACGGUGGAGACGCGGACCUGAUGUCCAGGAGGAUCAUGGCGGCCAACAACCGCAGCGUGGCGCUUCAGCUGGUGCAGCAGAUCGCCCCCUACAGGCCGGUCAGAGACGACGCGCCGCCUGCUGCCUCUGAUUAAACGGUCCAGCCAGAA